GUUUUUGUAUCCCUAGUACAGCCACUGACCUCAGCUACAAACUUCCGGAGUAAAACACAACACGUUCGUGUGUUUAAAUAAACAAAACGUCGAUUUAGUUUGUCGACAGUUGUUUUCACGCGUUCCGGAGCAUGCGCGCUGACGCUCUGUGAAACCCGCCGUUCCGCUCGCCGUGAUUAUCGUUCACCGGUAGUUAAUCUCCGUAGGAAUACGUCGCGUACCGGAGCCGGUUAUGGCGUCGGCGUGUCGUGCCGGACCAUGAGGUGUCCGCGUUCGUCGUUGUCGCAGUAUUUGAGCGCGUAAAGAGACCGCGGCCAUGGCUGGUGUGUUUGAUAUCGACCUCGACCCGCCGGAGGACAACGUGUCAGACGAGGAGCUCGCCGACGGGGCUAAGAGUAAUGAAUUCAUGGACCAGUGCGGUGGCUUUGAAUUCAUGGAAGACUGCGAGAAGUUCGAGAUCUCGGAGAAUAGUGUGAAUCAAGGCACGGAGCAGAUCCGUCCGGAAUGUUUCGAGUUGCUUCGUGUUUUGGGUAAAGGAGGAUAUGGGAAGGUUUUUCAAGUUCGCAAGGUAUCAGGGGCAGAUUCUGGGAAGAUAUUCGCCAUGAAGGUCUUGAAAAAGGCCAUGAUCGUUCGCAAUGCAAAGGACACUGCUCAUACGAAAGCAGAAAGGAGCAUCCUAGAGGAAGUUAAGCACCCCUUUAUUGUCGACCUUAUAUAUGCCUUUCAGACAGGAGGCAAACUUUACCUCAUCCUGGAGUACCUAAGCGGUGGAGAACUGUUCAUGCAGCUGGAAAGGGAGGGGAUCUUCUUGGAGGAUACCGCCUGUUUUUACCUGGCAGAGAUUUCCAUGGCCUUGGGUCACCUUCACCAGAAAGGCAUUAUCUACAGAGAUCUGAAGCCAGAGAACAUCAUGCUCAAUAACAAUGGUCAUGUUAAGCUGACAGACUUCGGACUCUGUAAGGAGUCGAUCCACGAUGGUACCGUCACACACACCUUCUGUGGAACCAUAGAGUAUAUGGCACCAGAAAUCCUCAUGAGAAGCGGCCAUAACCGAGCUGUGGACUGGUGGAGUCUGGGAGCUCUGAUGUAUGACAUGCUAACAGGAGCUCCGCCAUUCACCGCAGAGAAUCGGAAAAAAACCAUAGACAGAAUUCUAAAGUGCAAACUGAACCUUCCACCUUACCUCACCCAAGAAGCACGAGACCUUCUGAAAAAGCUGCUGAGAAGAAAUGCAUCAACGAGAAUGGGAGCAGGUCCUAGAGAUUUUAUAGAUGUCCAGACCCACUCCUUCUUCAGACACAUGAACUGGGAUGAUUUACUGGCUUUUAAAGUUGAACCUCCCUUUAAGCCUUUUUUGCGAUCAGCAGAUGAUGUUAGCCAGUUUGACUCCAGGUUCACUAGUCAGACUCCCGUGGACAGUCCUGACGACUCGACACUCAGCGAAAGCGCCAACCAAGUCUUCCUGGGCUUUACGUACAUCGCUCCAUCUGUGCUCGAAAACAUCAACGAGAAGUUCACUUUUGAGCCAAAAUCCCGUUCACCUCGCAAGCUUCUGGGAAGCCCAAGAACGCCAGUGAGCCCUAUGAAGGCUGAAGGGGAAGACGGUUGGUCUCGAGGUCCACCCUUCCCAGAAGUGCCCUCAACCACCUCCUCUCUCCUGCCGCCCACUGAUACGCCCAUGGAGGUGUCUAAUGUGGAGCAGAUGGACGUUAGCAGCAACAUGGAGGUGUCAGCCCCUCUCCCCAUCAAAAAACCAUCAAACACGGGCUUGUUCGUGAAACCGGCUCAACCAGCAGGCGGCAGGAGACCCAAGCAUUUAAGGAUGAAUCGUUGAUUAACAUUUUGUAUUUUAGGAAUUUAUCAAAUUACCCAAAAGGCCUUUCUGCACCCAGUUUGUGUCUCUUAAACACUUGCCGCACCAGUGUGCUUCAUGCAAGCAUGCAGAGCUUGUCCAGAACAAAGCCUGUGACCUCUCUCUGCUUGCACUACGGUGAGGUGGUCUGCUGCUUGCUUUGAAAAAGAGAGAGCACCUUGCACUUCGGACGACUCUGAGCAUGAAUUUCACAGUUUAUCUUUUAUAUACCAUGUUCAUACAAAACAUAAGGGAUAACGCAUAGUAUGUUCUGUUGUAUAUUUGAAGUUUGAUCUGGGACGUUGAGUUUUUUUUGUUUUUUGCUUGAUUGUGUUCUCUAAUAGUAUUUAUAUGGAUAGUUCACCCAGAAAAUAUACGUUCUGUCAUGCACUCACCUUUACGUUAUUCCAAAAAGAUAUAAAUCGCUUUUUUUUUUCUUCUGUGGAACACAAGAUUUUCUCAGCGUUUUGCUGUUUAGGUUUUGAUUUUCAUUAUGUAGGCAAAAACUGUUGAAUUGUGCUCCAAAAUGUCUUCUGUUGUGGUUCACAGAAGAACAGAAAUCCUGUUUGGAAAGACAUGAAGGUAAAUGAUGACACAAUUUUAAUUGUUGGGUGAAUUGUCUUUUUAUAAUGGCGAGAAGAACCAGGACUGCAUUCUGAAGGAUUUGCAACAUUUUUGAUUUAUCAAUCAAUGUUAGGACGGCAAGAAUCGCAGAUGUAGGAAAAUUGGAGAAAUAUAAGCAGAAUCUAUACCAAUGAUAAACUAUGAAGUAAAAAUAUAAGCUGUUCUUUUUUUUUUCAUCAGUGUUAGAUGACCUCAAGGCAUUAUUCUCCUAAUUAAGUAUAAAAUUCAUACUUUCAGGUAUGACUCUACCUGCAUUCUGAGCAUCAAAUCACUGUUUUUCUGACCAAAGAAUAUUAAAAAUACUAGAUUACUAUAUAAUACUGGACAAUUCCUCAUAAUACAGAGUACAGUUACUCUUUCUAAGCCACAUCCAAAAAAUACCAGUAAUACUGAUACGCUGUCAACUAUCUGAAAACUAUUGAGUUUAGACAAAAUAAUGUCAUUUUUAACCUUGGUAUUGUAGACACCAAGGCGAGUUUUGAAAUGGUUUCCAUAUCAGUAAUUGAUUUUUUUUUUUGACCCAUUUUUUUUAUUUUUUAGAUGCCAUAUAGUUUUGUAAACUAUGCAAAUGAUUUAUUCUUUAUAUAGUCAAAAAUGCUGUUUUAGCCGGAUUAGUCACAUGAACACAUGCCAGCCCCCUUUAAAGGUUAUUAUUUAGUACUUCUUUCUACAAUGGUGUUGGAGUCAAAACGAUUAAAUUAUUCUCUGGGACUUUAAAAAUACUGGGACUUAAAUAUGUUUUCAGGAUGUGCGCUGUACAAUAGAAAACCUCUGGAUUAUAUAUUAUUGUUCUAUUGAAUUUUGAUUAAAUAUGCUUGGAUAUAUGUGGUUAAGGGGAAUGAAGAUGUUCUAGAUCAAUAUAGAGUUAUAAAAGUGUAAUAAAGUGGUAAAUCUAAAACAAAAAAAAACAGUAUUUCAUUGCUGUACAUAGACAUGAUUCUUCAUGAAUGUUGGUGCUCUUUCCUUGUAUUAUACAGUAUGAAUAGUAUGAUGUGACUCCUUGAAGUGGUCGACACUGAAUCUGCAUCUUGUUAAGAAGUGCUGUAUGUCAGUCAUCUUGGGUGGUUCUCUGUAUCAUGUUUCACAGGCAUUCCUGUGCUCAUAGAAGUGUUAUUGUUAUCGAUGAACCUCUGUGCGUGAGGCUGCGAUUGCGUUUGUGUGACCGCAUUUAAACCAAUUUCUGAACGACACACUGUUUUCCCACGGGAAUGUAAAAUAGGCUUGUUUUCUGUUUGAGAACAUUGUUCUGGCGUGACGCUGUAACCUGUUGAUUGAAUGCGAUGUUAACCUCACAUCCUCAAGCUCUAAUUUCCGUUGUGUAGAUUGUAAUUGCGGUUGGACAUUAGGAGGCCAUUGCUCUGAUUGAACUGUCUGGACUUUGCAGCAGUUUCCAUCAAGCCAAUAAUUGGGUGUACUAUGCACAGGAAGCAUGAUUGUGAAUAUCUUAAGCUGUCAGAUACCGUGCCUACUGAUAAACAACAGCCUGCUGUGCCGUGGCAGUUAACAGCCAGUAAUGGCUUCAUAUGUGAAAGCCUUUGAUUUUGAAAUCUGUGCGAGACCAGCAGCUUAAUUAAAUUGCCUCUUAACUGGUACUUUGACUGGGGGAAGCAUCCCAUUUUGCCUUCUCAUUCACAAAUAUCGACCGUUUAUUCUAUGCAAUGCUGGCUGAGAGAGAGGGCUCUGUAAUGUUGUGUAAAUGGCUUUAUGUAUCACUUGUGUCAGUCUGAGGAGUUGGAUAUUGACCAUGAGCCCAGUCCAUAUAAUCACUAGACUCGUGGCGCAGUCAUGUUGGAAUAUUAAGAUGUAACUUGGUGCUAUGUGUUGAUGGUCCGGUUUUUUUAUCUUCGCUAUUAUAUGUCCUUUAUAAAAACGUAACGUGGUGUGUCGUUGCGCUUUAGAGAUGAACUGAAUGUGAACUUCAGUGAAAUCAACGGUGCUUCAGGUUAGAGUUCUAAAGUGAAAAGAAAAUGCCUGUGAAAAGAGUUGAGAUGCGGAUCUGGUUGCAUUUCGCAUUUUAAAUGCAAAUGCUAGACGUUUAUUAGACAGUGGCACUUUGGUUUAAACGAUGAACGGAUGUAAAGUACGAAAUGGCAAGAUUGUUUCUAAUCUGGUGUUUUGUGAUUUGCUCGCUUAUUUGAACAUUUUUCAUUUAAUUUGAGUGAAUUCUACGAAAUCAAUAAAGUUGAAUUCGAGCAUUUA